AUUCUUUCUCAUCUGGCUUCCCAGUCUCAGGUUAGCACGACUAUCAGGACUAUCUCAUAUUAUGUAGCAAGACUAGUGCUCCUCCGAGUCUGUGAAACUUGCACUCAGUUUUUGGGGUUGUUGGGGUUCACCGAUGCUGGAUUAUGGUUAGGGUUUUUUAUUUAGGGACAGUGGAAUGCAAUGCAGCUCUAUAGCAAUAAGAAUGAGGGGGGCAGGGUGUGUGUCUAGGCAUUGCUUAUAGUACAGGCCAGGCUAUUUGUCCUUAGCCUCUGUCUUAACUCCAUUCCCUGCUCCCUGCUGGAUAAUUGAAUCGCCCGUUUGCAGGGCUAUUAAUAUCCCUCCCCAUUCCAUUAACUAUUUUAGGAAAGGGGCUGCUGCCAGAGAGGAGCAGAGCGAGGGGCUGCGAGUUUGUGUGUGGUUGCAAGAUCUCUUGUGAAACCUUUCUCUCGGUUUUUCUUGUUAAAACUUUAGUAACUUUUGUGGAGUUGUUCCUGUACUUAAUCCCUUUUUCCAAGCUCCACGUUUCAGUAUCAUUCCAAUAUCCUUUUCCUGCUAUUUUGAAGACUCCAGCUGUCCUGCUUCUGUUGGAGGAUUGGCCCCCACACAGCCGGAAAAGGUGCCAUGAUCAAGGUGCUGCCCCCCCCACCGGUGGAGUUCCUCCGGAUCAGCGACCGGGACCUGACCGAAAUCGAGCUGCAUUCCGUGGAGUCGAUCAGCGACCUGCAGCGGCUGAACAGCAACUCCGAGCUGCUCAAGACUCCCCCAGGGGGCGGCCCUCCUCGCCACCCGGACAAUGGGAACCUCCCAGCCCCGGCCCAGGCUGAGCGUGCAGUGCGUUGUCCCCGGCGGGCGUGCUGUACCUGCUGCAGCCCUGUCUGCUGUCGGUACCUCUGGGUGUGCAUUGCGGUCCUCCUGGCGCUAGCAGCUCUCGCAGGCAUCUUCUACUUCCUGGUCCAGCAGAACGAGUCCCUGUACUCCCUCUCCCUGGCCAUCAAGCAGAGGAAGGAGUUUGUGAAGGAGCUGGCCCAGCUCGCCCAGACACUGAAGGAGCUGACGGUGAACCUGACCCCCACCUGAGGAGCCCUCCCUCCCUGACUCGCACAGCCUGGCUGGGAGAGCGACAGCAGACCCAACUGCCCGGGGACCCACCAGCAGCACACACUGACAAGACAGACUGUCCAUCAUUUCCAUUCGCUUUUGUUAAAUACGGCAGUGAUUGGAUGAGUCUGCAGUGCAGGCUGCUGUUUCCAUAGCGGUGCAGUGGUAGAUGUUGAGGACUCGUUUGUAGAUGCCAUUGACAGAUGGUUGCUCUGGUUGGCUUUAGUUUUUUUUUAGUUUUGUUUUUUUGAGGCGUGACCAGGGUUGGCAGUAAGGAUUGCAGAACGGUAUAAGCUUGUUUAGAAUUUGGGUACGCAUUUCCCAGCAUGUCUGUUAUCAGAUCUAAAUGCACAGGAUUCUCAUUGUUGAUGGUCUGUUUUCUCACCACCACAGAAGACACAGACAUGCAUUUGUGUUUGUUUAAAGGAUAUGUGUACUUCACUGACAACAUUCUGUAUUGGACAUCAGAUUUAAAGUAGAAAAACAAGACAGACCAUAGUUAAUAUGCAAGACAAGAGUGUGUAAGAGAUCGAUUGGAUGGGAAAAGACAGGCAGAGCAGAAACAUCUACUGUUGAAAUAAUAAAAAAAUAAAAAACCGCUUUCCACGUUAACUGUAGCUAGACUUUUUUUUUCAAUAAUAGUUUAAGCUUUUGUUUGUCUUUUAACCCUUAAGACCUUGGGGUUUAUUUGCAAGGCUCAGAGUUAUUAUUUUGUGAAAUGUCAUUAUGGUUGCAUGUUAUUAUAUAUAUAACGCAGUUGAACGAUAACUAGACGUGAACAUCAGAUACAAGUUACCAUCAAGUACAUGAGAGCCCGAGUCCGAGGUCCAUAAACAAUGCACCAAGCCUGAGCAGUUAUUGAUGUAGCCUGCUGGGGCUCUUCAUGUAUUCUCCUGGGUCAAUGACAAGGACUUGUGCACAUGGUGUAGCUGGGUUUUAUAAUGGGUUAACAGUUCAUUUGGAACAAGCUGAUUGAUUUUUUUUUAUUCUUUUUUUUUUUUUUUUUUAGGUGUUUUUACAAGGAAAUGCUGCACAGCUCCAAUGGUACCAAAAUACAGAACAAUUUAAACAAACAAAUGUAGAAGCUCUGAUAAAUAAAAAUGGUGCAGCAAUGAUCAAAUGUAAUGCAAACAUCCCAUUGAAAUGAAUUAAUAUAAUCUUGCGUGAGGCAGCACUAUCGUCACUGAGAACUGGCAUUGCAGCCUGGA